UAUUUCAGCUAGCUAUCUGUGAAUGCUUGAUAAAACGAAAGAAACGACCGACCACAAAACCACAGCUCACAUCUCGUUAGAUUGUAGCAUUUGCUAUGUGUGUGUGAAAAACCAUUAUCGCUUAAAUGGCGCUUUUGAUGUGACUGGCAGUUGUUAUGGUGAUUGUUUAAAAUGCACACGGACAGAUUAGCGGCUGUUUUGCUUUAUUUUUAAUGAGCAAAUGUUUAAUAAAGACGGCGCCCGUGACUGAAAUCGGAGAUUGUGCUCGCUCCUCUUGUUUCCAGUCGAGUGAGAACACAGGAGCACCGGAGGAAAUGCCACGUGUACACACUGCGCAUGCCCGACGAUUUUUACGUUGAUCCUGCUGGGUGAUCCCAACUUCCGGUGAAAGGGGAGAAGUCUCACACGAUUACUCUGACUAGGCCUGUCGUUACUCACCCGUAGGUAGUUGAACGGGCUUUCGGUAAUAGCCAUGGCCCUGUGAUCGCCAACAAGUCAGCUGAUUUACUUUUUUUUUUUUAAAGACAUUAAGAGACGUCGCCAGCUUUGACUUCACACCGCAGCGUCAGAGCCACAGGUUCAAACCCCGCGACUUCCCCAGUUGCUAGUUAGCGAGCUAAAGACGCAGCUAGCUAUUCGCCAAGCAAGCAAGCCUCUAAAUAAGAUCCUGGUGUCUAUUUCAAGAUGUCAACUGCGGGGUUUAACUCCCAGAACGGGACGGGGACGGGACAGACAUAUGCGAACGGCCCGUCACAGAAUCCAGUAGGCCUGCAGCAGCUGCCAGGUGUCAGCUAUGGCAUGACUCACCAACCAACCUACAAUCCAAUGCAGGCCAAAGCUCCUGCACCCCCUGGACCUGGACUUUACCCCUCUGGUCCAUACCAGCCUGCUCCCCCAGUCAGCUCCUACCAGCCUGUACCGCCGCUCGCUUCCUACCCAUCUCCUCCAGGCCAGCCGCUUUUGACAAGACCUCCAAUGGGAGGUCCUCCACCUCAUACCCCUCCUCAGUCUGCCAGCCCUAGCCCUGGUCCUAGACUGCCCCCUGCACAUGGCACACCUCCCCCUCCUGCUGUAUCUUCUAGUAGCUACUACCCAAACCCACAGCAGCCACAGCCGAUGGCUCCAGCUUGGCAGUACAGCGCAGCCCCCCCACCUAUGGGGCCACCCACUUCCAUGAGUGCACCGCCCCGUGGCCCUGUGGCUAAUCACGUGAACCCAGCUGCGAGCUCAACAGUGCCGCCACCGCCUUCGUCGACAGCUUACAGCCCCGCACCACCAGCCCUAUUGUCGCACAGUGCCACACAGCCCCCAGGCCCAAGAAUGCCCCCCAUCUCUGCACAUGGAUACACCCAGCCAGGCACUGCACCUCCACCAAUGAAUCCCAUGGCCCCCCACACAUACCAACCAAGCAGAGCUCCCUAUGGCCCCCCACCUACAGGCCCACCACCAACCAUGAGACCCACACCGCCUCCCACUGGACCCCCAGUGGCCAAUGCCACACCUCCACCUCCCAAGGCAGAUGCUCAGUGUGGGGCGGCUGUUAACAGCACUCUGUCCCCCACUGAGCCCGACUGCCAGGAGGGGGAUAUUGAAUGUCCAGGAACUAUGGCUGGCAAUGGCCCACCAGCACCAAACAGCUAUAAUCACAUUGACAACAAAAUGGCUGGCCUGCCCCAACCUGGACCACCGGGUCGGCACUUGUGCCACUACCCCUCCCUUCCCCCUGGGUACCAGAACACCUCGACCCCCCAAAAUGCCACGUCGUCCUUGCACCCUACUAUACAGGCCGCCACGCAUCCUUACACUCAAGGACCUCAGCAAUACCAGCAGCCACCUGGUGGCCCAGGGCCAGCCCAGUUGAGUCCAUCCUUGGCAGCCAUGAGCCUCCAGUCCAGCACCCCAGAGUCCCUGAGAGUGGUCAACCUGCUGCAGGAGAGGAACCUGCUGCCACCGAGCCCGAUCCCUCCCCCAACACCAUGCCUCCCGCAGGAUCUGCAGAAAAUCAACUGCAACCCAGAGGUUUUUCGUAGUACCCUAACCAGCAUCCCUCAGACCCAGUCUCUGCUCAAUAAAGCCAAGAUGCCUCUGGGCCUGCUGCUCCACCCCUUCAAAGAUCUCUCGCAACUUCCCGUGGUGACAUCCAGCACCAUCGUCAGGUGUCGCUCCUGCAGAACCUACAUCAACCCCUUUGUUUCUUUCCUGGACCAGAGGAGAUGGAAGUGCAACCUGUGCUAUCGGGUCAAUGAUGUUCCAGAGGAGUUUAUGUACAACCCAGUCAGCAGAUCGUAUGGAGAGCCACACAAAAGACCCGAGGUCCAGAACGCCACCAUCGAAUUCAUCGCUCCUUCGGAAUACAUGCUGAGGCCACCACAGCCUGCAGUUUACCUCUUCGUUCUCGACGUAUCCCACAAUGCUGUGGAGACAGGCUACCUGAAGGUUUUCUGCCAGUCACUGCUGGACAACAUCAAUGCGCUUCCUGGAGACUCGCGAACAAAGGUAGGCUUCAUCACCUUUGACAGCACCAUCCACUUCUACAACCUCCAGGAGGGGCUUUCCCAGCCUCAGAUGCUCAUCGUGUCUGACAUCGAAGAUAUCUUUUUACCAACACCAGACAGCCUUCUAGUAAACCUCAAUGAAUGCAAAGAGCUUGUGCAGGAUCUACUGAAGAGCCUGCCAAAUUUAUUUGAAAAGACCAUGGAGACUCAGUCUGCCCUGGGUUCAGCUCUGCAAGCGGCCUUCAAGCUGCUGUCGCCCACCGGAGGGCGCAUGUCUGUUUUCCAGACCCAGUUGCCUAACCUCGGUGUGGGGGCGCUCCAGUCCAGAGAAGACCCCAACCAACGGGCAUCUGCCAAGGACAUCCAGCACUUAUCCCCAGCGACAGAUUUCUACAAGAAGCUAGCUCUGGACUGCUCCGGGCAGCAGGUGGCGGUUGACCUGUUCCUGCUCAGCUCUCAGUACUGCGACCUGGCAUCGCUCGGUUGCAUAUCCAGAUACUCGGCAGGAAGCAUUUACUACUACCCCUCCUACCACCACCAGCACAACCCGGCACAGGUUGAGUGCUUCCAGAAGGAUCUGAAGAGAUACUUAACCAGGAAGAUCGGCUUUGAAGCUGUCAUGAGGAUACGCUGCACCAAAGGUCUGUCCAUCCACACGUUCCACGGAAACUUCUUUGUGCGCUCCACAGAUCUGUUGUCCCUUCCCAACGUGAACCCAGACGCUGGCUUUGCUGUUCAGAUGUCCAUCGAGGAAAACCUGGACGACAUGCAGGUCGUCUCUUUUCAGGCAGCGCUGCUCUAUACGUCCAGCAAAGGAGAGCGGAGGAUCCGUGUCCACACCUUGUGUCUCCCUGUGGUCAACUCUCUGUCAGACAUCUUUGCUGGGGCUGAUGUUCAAGCCAUCUCUGGACUGCUGGCUUGCAUGGCUGUGGACCGCUCGGUGACAGCCAGUCUGAGUGAUGCCAGAGAUGCGAUGACCAACGCUGCCAUUGACUCGCUGACGUCGUACCGACAGUCUGUGUUGACCAUCCAGCAGCCCGGCCUGCUGUCCCCGGCCUGCCUCAGACUCUUCCCCCUCUUCAUCCUUGCCCUGCUCAAACAGAAAUCCUUCAGGACAGGCACCAGCACCAAGUUGGAUGACCGGGUGUUUGCCAUGUGUCAGCUGAAGUACCAGCCGCUGGCCUACGCCAUGCUGAUGAUCCAUCCUGCUCUGUACCGUAUCGACGAUCUGACUGAUGAGGGAGCUUUGAACAUCAGUGAGCGGACCAUCCCUCAGCCCAGACUGCUGCAGCUGUCUGUGGAGAAGCUCAGCAGGGAGGCAGCUUUCCUAAUGGAUGCUGGAACGGUGAUGUAUCUGUGGAUCGGUCGGAACUGCAACCCCAACUUCUUAACACAAGUCCUGGGAGUUCCCAACUACGCUUCUGUGCCUGAUAACCUGUAUAUGCUCCCAGAGCUGGACACUGCCGAGUCACAGAGAACCAGAGCUUUCAUUGGAUGGCUAAGGGAUCAGAGGCCGUUCUUCCCCUCCCUGCAUGUCAUCAGGGACGAGAGCCAGCGGAAAGCCAGCUUUAUGCAGAACAUGAUCGAGGACCGAACAGAGUCGGCCCUGUCGUACUAUGAGUUCCUGCUUCACCUCCAACAGCAAAUCUCCAAAUAAUCUUCAGUGGGACUGUGGAGGCGAGGGAACGCUGAAGUGAGGACGCGCAUUGGUGUGUGUGCGUGUGUGUGUGUGUAUAUGGUGUGUAUAUGGUGUGUGUGUGUGUGUGUGUGAGCAGUGGGACUGAAGGAAUCCUCCAGCUGUGGUGCGAAAAAGCUCCUGAACUGAACUGAUGUAAAGCGUCACUAAAAUCAAACUAUGUGACGAACAGUGCGAGGACGGAGAGUGACAAAGAAUCUAUUCUGAUGCUUAUUUGGCACUUUUUUUUACCCAGCUGAAGCAACGCGUUGGAUGGAGAAGGAAAAAAAAAAAAA